GUGAAGAUUAGAUUAAAUUUGCUAUCAAUAUAAACGAAUUGAUCGUGACAAUAGGCAGUUAUUUGUUACGCGCAAAAGUAGAAACUGUCCAGUGUAAACAGUGUAAAAUUCAAAUAGUCUUUAGAAAUUUAAAGAGGAGUUUUAUAAGCAAGAAGAUGAGCUACCCUCCUUACGGACCGCCAUCUUAUGGGCAACCAUCGCUCUCUGGGAACAAUUCUAGGCCCUAUCCACCACCAGCCGAACAUCCACACCCAUCUUACCCAUACUACGUUCCAGGUACCGUUAUGGUACCAGUGCCAGUUAUGCCCAUGCCACCAAUGCCGAUGCCCAGCAUGCAGAUGCCGAUGCCCACCAUGCCAAUGCCCGGGCCACCACCGCCUAUGGAAGGCCAACCAACGUACAUAACCAAUUACAUCUACCACGGCGAAAGCUCCAACCAAGCAGAUAAAGUACAAGUAGCCGAAAUUGGUGGGGAUUUCGACUGGGUGCCGACUACUACAACAACAGCUGGACAUUUAUCAGGGAAAGCGGUUCUUGGGGGCCAUGAGGGUUGGGACGGAAGUCCUCUAUGGGUGAUACGAGCGUGGCAUAACGGAGACUUGAUUCCUGGAAAGCUUUCAGUGAGACAUAAGUCUGCCUCCGUAAUGUAUAACGGCAAAGAAAUUCCAGUGCAGAAUAUCGAGGUUCUUUGUUCGAAACCGGAUAGCUUAAGGUGGGUUCCUUCUUCAAAUGGCAUUGUUCCUCCUGCAGCUAUUCCUGGAGGGAAGACAGAAGCAGGUGAAGUGUUGUAUGUGGGUCGAGCAAGGCACCAACUUUCAAUUACCCCAGGAAAAGUUCAUCCAAGUCAUAGUUGCUGUUAUAUAAGUUUUGGAGGAUCGGAAGUGUCGCAUAAAAUGUAUGAUGUCUUGUGUAGAAUCAGUUAGGGUGUUAGGAGAGAUGCCGUGAACUAAAUAUACUAAGAACUUCUACUAAUUUUCUUCGUAAUACUCAUUAAAGAUAUAAAAUAAUUUA